AUGGAUCCAACACUCAACCAGGAGUGGACAUCCUCUGAGGUAGAGGAGGCAAGGUCACUCAUUGCUAGGCUCGAAGGCAAAAAAUUCAUCUACAAUGAUAAUGAUGACGGGAACAAGAAGCACAACGACAUCGUGGAUGCUCUCCACGCAUUGUUCCCUUCAAAAACCAUGCAACAGGAUACGGGGAUCAUGGAGAUGGAGGGGGCACUGCCGAUGGUAGAGGAUAACAUGAUGGAGGUGUUAGAGAAUAAUAUUGUCGAUGAUGAACUAGUUGCUGCCCCACAUCCAGGGAGAUUUUGGACCACGGACGAACACAGGUCGUUUCUUCGUGGGCUGCGUGUCUAUGGUCGCGGUGACUGGAAAAACAUAUCCAGGUACUUCGUCACCACAAAGACUGCAAUCCAAGUGUCCAGCCAUGCACAAAAGUACUUCAAGAGGCUAGAGAAGAGAGCAUUGUCCGGGAGGGCCGGGAGGCAGCGUUUCAGCAUCAAUGACGUUGGGCUCCACGACGACGACCCAUGGGCAGCAGAGAACAGUUCUGCCUCCAGGCAAGCGCUUGCUUUCACCGGUCUAAACAAUGACCCAAGCUUUGGAUCGGGGGCUCCGGCGAGCUCAGUCAUGAUGAACAGCCUCACUCAGUUCUUGCCACCUAUCAUAUAUAACCAACAAGUGGGUCAACAGCCCGUGUGGAGUGAGCAGCAGAUGAUGGGUUCUUCUGCAGCUCUAAUAGAUGGGACACGGAACUUUCUGCCUGCCUAUCAACAAGGAUCGGCUUACCUCUCUCCUGGGCAACGCAUGAACAUGAUGUAG